GUUCGUCGGAAGCGAAGCAGAAUUCAAAGUGUUGAUAUGAAAGCAAACAGCCGUCGGGUCGAAGUUAAAACCCUGGUCUUUAAACGUACACGAGCCUAAAACAGCCCUUAACGUUGACCUGGAGGUGCCAACGAGCGGUGACGACAACAGCGGCGCAUCUCCGAGGAGCCGGGCGGAGAGUGGACAGACUGACCGGUCGAUUUUAUCGAUUUUUCUUUGAGCGCGAGUGUUUAUAAUUAAAGGAAAACAUGAGGUAAUUGUCGGUCAUCAUCAAUGAGCUGUCCGGUCAGUCCUGAGACCAGCACUUACUUGUGGAGUGGAUGUCGGUGCCACAGGUCACCAUGGAGGAAGAGGAGAAGGAGAGAGGAAGAAAUGUCUUUUUAGGGGAGUCGCCCAGCCUAAGCAGCAACGAUGCACCUCUGCCAAGCCAGCUUGGAUUAAAUUUGGCGCCCCCUCUUAACACCCCAGAGACGAGCCCCUCUCCUUCAGGCCUGCUGUCCUUGCCAUGGGAGAUGGUUGCCCGCAUUGCCUCACAUCUACCAGCACAGUGUGUCAUCAAUGUUCUGCCACAGGUGUGCCGGGCUUUGGGUGAGGUGGGUGAGGACACCUCAGCCUGGCAGCUCCGGGCUCACCGCCUGACAGGCCCAAAAACCUCCUUCCCUGUUGGACUGAGAGACAACUUUGAUUGGCCUACAGCCUGCCUGGAGAUGGAGCAGCUGAUUGAGCGCUGGGCUGGGCAGGAGGAGUGGGCUGCACGGCAACGAGUGGCGCAAGUGCAAGAAGCAGAAGGAGAGCAAGAGAUGGAGGAGGUCCCAGAGCAGGAUGAUGCUGAUGAAGAAGGUGAAGAAGCAGUUGGAGCAGUGAAUGGAGCAGCACGUGAAGCUGUGAUAGAGCCAGACAGGCAUCAAGCAUUGCAAGAAGAUGUUGAGGAUCUUCCUGUAAGACAUAGAGAAGGAGAAGAAGGGGACAACAAUGCAGCACCAAUCAUUAGAGACGAGGGAAGAGAGAAUGGGAUCGCCGGUGGUGUUGCUGAGGAUGGGCAGAAUUAUCAAAACCACCCAGAAGGCGUAGGUGGAGACCAAAGGCAAGACAAUGACAAUCUUGAGGAUAUGAUGGAUGAAGGUGCAGAUGAAGGUGCAGUUACUGCCCCCCCACCUGACCGAUCACCCAGCCCUCCCCCAGCCUUGGAGCACAUCACUCUUCCAUCAGGUCACAUCGCAGAUGUCAACUCCGUCCUGCUGGUGGGCGGUGAGGGCGUAGUGUGUGCCUCCGGCUCCAGGGAUCGCAACGUCAAUCUAUGGGACUUGCGCAGGGGCCCCAGGGGGGUACUUCUGCGCACGCUGGGGGGUCGUGGCCUCUUCAGCACACACCGGGGUUGGGUGUGGUGCCUGGCGGCCAACGGACCUCUCCUGGCCUCAGGCUCUUUCGACAGCACGGUACGUCUGUGGGAUCUGGAGGCCGGGGGCACCGAGCGGGGGCUGAUCCGUGGCCGAGCCGCCGUGCUGUGCCUCUCCUGCCAGGCAGAUACACUGCUAGCUGGUUCGCAUGACCAGAAAGUCAGCAUUUAUGAUACCAGAGCCGCGGAGCCUCUGGUCAAGAGCCUUCGUCUCCAUGGUGACGCGGUACUGUGCCUGGCUUCUGAUGAACAGUACAUUCUCUCUGGCAGCAAAGACAACACAGUGGCAGUGUUUGAUCGCAGAGCCGGGAGACUACUGCAGAAAGUACAGCUGAAGUCCUACUUGCUGUCCAUGUCAUACAGCGGGCGAGAGGUGUGGGCAGGCGAUAAUCAUGGACUUGUCCACACCUUUUCCAUGAACGACGGCUACUUUAAGUCUAUAGCUCAGUUCAAUGUGGGCCACAGUUUACUGGUGACAGGCGUCCAUCACUCACCUGGCACCCUCUACACAUGCUCCUCUGAUCGCACUAUUAAGGUUCACCUGCCUUGUGCACCCCCAAAGACUCUGUGUACUCUUCACCAUCAGGCAGGAGUGAACGGGUUAAGUGUGGAGGCAGGCGUGUUGGCUAUAGCGUCUGGUGAUAUGAACGUGGAGGUGUGGAGGCCCAGGCACGACGAUUCUGUACGAACCACAGACGACACCCUCUGUCUUCCUGGAGAGCUGUUUGUCUAGUAGGAGGCGUGGGAAGGAUCGUCUGUUCAGCGUGUUGUCUUGUGAUGAUGUAAUCAUAUAAUCUGCCAAAAGCACUACACUGACAAGUUUACCUUCAUGUGUGUUUGUGGGGAGAAAAAAAAAACACAACAACAUAUUUAUUAUAAAGUACGUAUUUAACAUACCCUGAAACUGCACAUACAUGUAGAUGCUAUUUAAAAGUUGUUGCCGAAUUGUACUGACUUUUAUUGUUAAAGGGACACUGAAAACUGACUUGGUUAGUGUAGCACACUUUAUUACUUGUUGAAAAAGUGCUGUUAGAGGUUAAAGAGUUUUAAAACAUCACAUUCCUUUAUAAGCAUUCCAGCUUCACCUCUGCUUUCCUCCUCUGUGACACUUAUUGCUAUGACAUUGCACAAAUUACAGAAGUACAGCAUCAGCUUGAUAUCUUUUCAUAGGCUUCCACUGCCAAGUCAGUAUAUCACGUCGUUUCUGUCAUUUCAUUGUGGGGUGGCAUCUCUGCUUGAUCACGCGAGUCAAACACUGCACCUGAUUGCUUUCCGUAUUGCACUUAGACUGACUGACUGGCUGAACAGUGUUUUUCAUACUCCUCUUCCGCGAGUGUCUGAAUUGAAAUUGUUGUGUAAAUCUUUGUAAAAGCUCCCUUAUUCAUCUGUAGCACUUAUAUUGUUGAACACUCAUACAACUUGUUCUCAGUCAAAUGCUGGGAUUCUAUUCCAUGUAAGCCUGAAUAACUGAACCACCCAAGCUGCACCAUUUGAGAACUUUUUUUAAUUUGUGUGUGAUUUUUUUACAAAUCUAUAAUAAACAAUCUCAUUGCGUCUGAGUUGCACUCCAGCAGAUGAUUAAAUCAAAGGGCAGACUACACACUACAGUACUGUGCAGUCAGAGAGCACCCGUCAUGUACUACUUUCCAGUCAAAAGUAAAUUUAAGUUUUUCGAUUUUUCAGGAGAUGUUUCUAAGAAGGUUAAAUAUCACAUAAUCAGUCUCCUUGCUUAAGGGAGGGGAAAGUCAAAGGAAAAUAUGUGAAAGAUAGGACUCCUAACGACCAUGCAGGACCUAGUAGACCACCAAAACUGCCCCCAUCAGAUAAACAGCACUUAAAGCUUUUAUCUUUGAGAGAACGAGAGGAGAAAAUCAACCUUCACUUCCUUCAGAUCUGAAAACAUCCACAGGUGUUUCUGUUCGUCCUUCCACUUUCAGAAGACAACCCUAUGAGUCUGAAAGGAUGUGUAACUGAUAAGAAGCCCUUAGUGAGAAAAGGAGACGGAACAAAGAAGCUGCUGGUGUUCUCAAACCAAUAGAACAGCCACGCCACAAGUCCAGACCUCAGCAACUUUGAAUGCAUUUGGGACGCCUUCUUACUCGUUAGAAGUAGAAAAUGCAACCAGCUGCUGAGACUGAACUGGUGUGGAAAAGUAUCCCUGCAAAUCUGCGUGAAAAACUGAACGCUCCUGUAAUGGAACGAAGCUGUAGUAAAGACAAAGUGUGGAUACUUUUAAUAUUGUUUAAAAAAAAAAUACUCUCUUUUAUUGUUGAGGGAUCUCCAUAAUUUUCUGGUAAAUAAUUUGUUUUUUUUUUUUUUUAUUUGCUAAUACUGAAAUAUGAAUAACUUGGUAUGUGACUUUUGCACGGUGCUGUAUGUUAAACACAAUAAGACAGAUUUUGCAUGAGCAGUUGUUUUUUCUUGUCUUUCAUUUAGUAAAGCAGAGCUGAACAUUGUU